AUGGCAUCGCCACCAAAGUCGCCAGUGACUCUGGGCAAAGACGACGAGGAAACCACUCAGAAGUCCGCGCCACCGCCCGGCCCAGUGGGCAUAACGCCGCCUCCGAAUGGCGGCACGCGGGCCUGGCUGCAGGUCUUCGGCGCCUUUGGCGUCUUCUUCAACACAUGGGGGCUUCUCAACACCUUUGGAGUCUUCCAGACGUACUACGAGACGGGCGACCUCUUCGUCGAGUCCUCAUCAAAUAUCUCCUGGGUCGGCUCCGUCCAGGCCUUCCUCGUGCUGGUGGCCGGGCUCAUCAGCGGGCCCCUCUACGACAGGGGCUUCCUGCGCUUCCAAGUCAGCGUCGGCGCCUUCCUGGUGGUAUUCGGCCACAUGAUGCUGAGUCUCGCCACGCGAUACUGGGAGGUCGUCCUGGCCCAGGGCUUCUGCAUCGGCCUGGGCGCCGGCCUCAUGUUCACGCCCUCCGUCACCGUCCUCCAGUCCUACUUCAGCACCAAGAUCGGCCUGGCCACCGGCAUCGCCGCGGCCGGCAGCUCCCUGGGCGGCAUCAUCUACCCUAUUGUGCUCUAUCAGUUGCUAGACGAGAUCGGCUUCCCGUGGAGCGUGCGCGUGAUCGGCUUCAUCUGCCUCGCCACCCUCGUCCCGCCGGUGCUGCUCCUGCGCCAGCGCGUCAAGCCGCCCCGGGUCCGCGCCGUGUUCGACACCACGGCCUUCACCGACGGCGGGUGGCUCCUGUUCACAUUUGGCUGCCUGCUUGGCUUCGCCGGCCUCUAUGUCAUGUUGUUCUACCUGUCGUACUACGGGCUGGCGACCGGCACCACCGAUGGGUCCAUGGCUUUCUACAUUGUGCCCAUACUCAAUGCCUCGUCCAUGUUUGGCCGGACGCUGCCCAACUGGCUCUCCGACAAGACGGGCCCGUUGAACGUCCUCGUCCCGGGUGCCUUUAUCUGUGGUGUGCUCGUUCUCUGCAUGCAGGCUGUCCACAGUCUGGCGGGCUACAUCCUGAUUGCCAUCUUAUUUGGCUUCUUCUCCGGCAUUUUCAUUGCGCUUCCGACGGUGGUGUAUAUUGCCCUUACACAGGACAAGUCCAGAAUCGGAACAAGAAUCGGCAUGGGCUUCGCGCUGCUCGCCCUCGGCAUGCUCGUCGGUGGCCCGGGCGGUGGUGCGAUCCUGGGCCCUGACCACGACUGGACUUCCACAUGGGUGUUUGGCGGCGUCAUGCUACUUGCGUCUGGUCUUGUCUUUGCGAUCCUGCGUGUUUGGAAAUUCGGUGCCAAACUGAACACCAAGGCGUAA